CUAAUAAUGAUGGUAGUGAUAUUACUGAUACGAUGUUAUUAAUCUUAGAGAUAAUUAUUAUAUUAACGAUACUUGUAAUACUAUCGAUAAUAGCAGUAUUAACGAUAAUGAUACAAGUAACGAUGAUAAUGAUAUAAUAAUGAUUGUGGUGAUAUUAACCAUAAUGAUAAUAUUAACGAUGAUAAUAAUAGUAUCGACAAUUGUAAUAUUAACGAUAAUAUAUGAUAUCAAUGAUAAUGAUGAUGUUCACGACAAUCAUGAUAAUGAUGAUAUUAACAAUAAUUAGGAUACUAAUGAUGAUAUCAAAAUUAAUAGUAAUAAUCAUAAUGAUAUCAAAAUUAUUGACAAUCGAAAUAAUGAUGACGAUAAUAAUAGCAACAACAAUGAUCUUAUCAGUAAUAAUAAUAAUAAUGAUAAUAAUAAUAAUAAUAAUAAUAAUGAUAUUACAUAUACUACUACUAAUAAUAAAUUACAAUAAUAAUGAAAAUAAUGAUUAUUACUAUUACUAUUAUUAUUAUCAUUAUUAUUAUUGUCGUUAUUAUCAUUAUUAUCAUUAUUAUUAUUAUCAUUAUCAUAAUUAAUAAUAAUAUUAUUACUGUUGUUAAUACCAUUGCUAUAUCCAUUGAUUAUAAUAAUGAUAAUAAUUCUAAUAAUAAUAAUAAUAGUAAUAAUAAUAAUAAUAAUAAUAAUAUUGAUAUUAUUCGUACUAUCAUUAUAAUUAUGAAUAUCAUAAUUAUUAUUACUAUUUAUAUCAUUAUUAUUAUCAUUAUUAUCAUUACUAUUAUUACUGUUAUUAUUUUCAUUAAUAACAUUAUCCUCAUUAUUAAUUGCUAUUAUCAUCAUGAUUAUGAUUUUCAUUAUUAUUAUUAUCAUUAUCAUUAUUAUUAUUAUUAUUAUUAUCAUCUUUAUUAAUACUACUAUCAUUAGCAUUAUUAUAAUGAUUAUCAUUAGUACUGUUGUUAUUAUCAUUAUUUCUAUCAUUUAUUUCAUUAUUAUUACCAUUAUUAUUAUUAUUAACAUUAAUAUUAUCGUUGCUAUUAUUAUAAUUGCUAUUAUUGUUAUAUUUAUUAUUAUCAUUAUUAUUAUCAUUAUUAUUAUUGUUAUUAUUACUAUUAUUAUUAUUAUUAUUAUUAUUAUUAUCAUUGUUAUUAUUAUCAUUAUUAUUAUUAUUGUUGUUGUUGUUGUUGUUGUUGUUAUUAUCAUUAUCAUUAUCAUUAUUAUUAUUAUUAUUAUUAUUAUUAUUAUUAUUAUUAUUAUUAUUAUUAUUAUCAUUAUUACUAUCGUUAUUAUUAUUAUUACUAUCGUUAUUAUUAUCAUUAUCAUUGUUACUAUUAUCAUCAUCGUCAACAUCAUCAUCAUUACUAUUGUUAUUAUUAUUAUCAUUUCAUUAUUUUUUUUCAUUAUUAUUAUUCAUUAUUAUUAUCAUUAUCUAAUUUCAUUAUUCCUAUUAUUAUUAAUAUCAUCAUCACCAUGAUAACAGUGAUGAUAAUGAUCAUAACAGUAAUAACGAUAAUAAUAAUAAUGACAAUAAUGAUAGUAAUAACGAUGAUAAUAACUAUUAUGAUCAUCAUUAUUAUUAAUACUAAUGCUAAUAUCAACGUUCAUGCCAUUGCUAUCAUUAACUCUAAUACCCAUAUUCUUAUUUAAAAAAUGCUGAUAUUUAUGUAUUGUUAAUGGUAAUAAUGACGCUAUUAUUAAUGAUAA